CAAAAUAAGAAAACUUUCCUAAUAGUGUUCUUCUCCUUUUUCUUAUAGCUUUAGAAGCAAAAACUAAAAUGGUAGCUGAAGCUGAACAAGUGAGCAUUCUAAUGGUAACAAUGGCCUUACAGGGCCAUAUGAACCCAAUGUUGAGCUUAGCAAAACGCCUCGUUUCAAAAGGUAUUCACAUUACUAUUGCUAUUAAUGAUGUUGCUCGCCACCGAAUGCUAAAGUCAAAAGCCUCAACUGCUUUGUCUACCACCACCACAGACACCACUUCUAAACCUCCUGGAAUUGAUCUUGUUUUCUACUCCGAUGGGCUUAGCCCGGAAUUUGAUCGCGAUAGCGAUGUCGAUUUGACUCUAAAAUCCUUACGUACUGUAGGAUCUGAAAACCUGUCAAAUAUCAUAACCAAUUCAGAUAAAAAAUUUUCUUGCAUUAUUUGUAAUCCAUUCAUGCCAUGGAUGCCUGAUAUUGCUGAAAAACAUGGUAUCCCUUGUGCAGUACUUUGGAUUCAAGCUUGUCUUGUCUACUCUAUUUACUAUCAUUUUUUUAAAUAUGCUAAUUCCUUUCCUUCAUUAGAAAACCCUAACGAGUCCAUAGAAUUGCCUGGAUUGCCUGUUUUACAGGUAAAAGAUCUUCCUUCCUUUAUAUUCCCAUCAAGUCCUGAAAUAUUCAAAAAAAUUGUGUCAGAGUUUCUUCAAAAAUUAGAUAAAGUGCAAUGGGUUUUGGUAAAUUCUUUUACUGAACUUGAAGAAGAGACAGUUAAGUCCAUGAAUUGCUAUCUCCAUCAUAUUUUUCCUAUUGGUCCAUUGGUUUCCCCAUUUUUAUUUCAAAAACAAGAAGAAAAUAUUAUUUCCAAUAUUGAUAUGUGGAAUUCUAAUGAUAAUGCGUGCAUAGAAUGGCUUGAUAAAAGACCACCUUCUUCUGUCAUCUAUAUUUCAUUUGGAACCAUUACUUUGUUAUCUCAAACGCAAAUGGAAAACUUGGCAAUUGCAUUAGAGAAUAGUCAGAAACCAUUUCUUUGGGUUAUUAAGGCAAAAGAAAACUGUUUUGAUCAUGAAAACAGAGGAAGUGAAUUGUUUCUUAGGUUCUUAGAGGAAACAAAGGAUAGGGGGAUGGUGGUUACAUGGUGUCCUCAAGAUAAGGUUUUGAUGCACAAAGCUAUUGGUUGCUUCUUUACGCAUUGUGGAUGGAAUUCAUCAUUGGAGGCUGUGGUGGCUGGAGUGCCAGUUAUUGCUUAUCCGGGAUGGACUGAUCAACCAACAGUUGCUAAGUUGUUGGUUGAUGUUCUAAAGAUUGGAGUUCGGAUUAAAGUUGAAGAAGAAGGUGGUGAGGUGGUAGCAAGCGCAGAUGAAAUAAAAAGAUCUAUUCUGGAGAUUACCGAUGGAGAAAAAGCGGAAGAGAUUAAGAAAAAUGUUGUGGAGUUGAGAGAGAGAGCUAAAAAAGUAGUGGCGGAUGGUGGUUCUUCUAAUGAAAAUCUUGAUCUUUUUAUUAAAAAGAUCACUUUGAAUUCUUCGUGCUUCCUGAAAACUUAAUAAUGUAUAUCUAAUGCAUAUAUAUAUCAAGAUUAUGAAUGAAUGAUGGUAGUCAUUAUGGCGGAAAAAGGCUCAAAGUUCCUCCAACUGAAAUGUAUUGUACUGCUACUUGUUUGAUAAUAAGAUCGUAGUUGUAAUGUGUCUUGUGUCAA